CAUGUGAUAUGGUAAUUUCUUUGGGAGGGCGGAGUCUAAGCCCUGUUAAACGACAAACGCGAAGAAAAAUUAUUUCCAUCCAAUUCACCCAAAAAUUAAUGAUCAUGAGCUCGUUUUUGAUGAACUCACCGCCGUAUUUGGAACCCAAAUUUCCUCCCUGCGAAGAAUAUUCACAGGUUAACUACAUUCCUAACCAAGGCGAAAGCUAUUACGCUCAGCAACCGCAUCAUCAUCACGGGUUUCACAAUGCCGACACGCAGCACGCGCCGUUAAAUUAUGACCCUAACAGUGGCGGAGCCCGAGUUUCCGCUUUCACAAAUCACGGAGCUACUAGUCCCUACUAUCCGUCGUCAUGUUCGCUGUCCCAGAGCAGUAUAUCAACACUUGAAAGGCUUACAAAUCUGGGUUCCACCAUAAAUUGUGUAACGAGCGAACGUACUCGGGGCCGUGAUGCUGUCUCUCCUGGACCAGGACAAUCGCCCGAGAAGUCUCCACCGUCUUCGCCGCCAUCUCCGCUGACAGAUUCUAAUUUCCACGCGGCGUCAUCUUCUUCCUCGCGGAAUCAGCCGUCAACUAACGUUCUUUCGAGAGAUUCACCUGUUCAGAAUUCCUCUUCAAACCAUGGAAACGAGUCUCCCGAUUUUGGGAACAUUUCGAAACAACGACCGGCUAUCUAUCCGUGGAUGAAGAAGGCUCAUAUGGGGUCGGCGAACGGCAACCUAUCGCCGGGAAUCGAGGCCAAACGGCAGAGGACGGCUUAUACUAGACAUCAAGUUCUUGAGUUAGAAAAAGAGUUCCACUUUAAUCGCUAUUUAACACGACGUCGUCGAAUUGAGAUUGCUCAUGCACUCUGCCUUUCAGAACGACAGAUUAAAAUUUGGUUUCAGAACCGCCGUAUGAAAUGGAAGAAAGAUAACAAGCUCCCUAACACCAAGAACGUCAGAAAACUGAGUCGCCAUGCUGAAACCAUUCACAGCGACCCAUCGCCAGGUGUCCGACCCACUAUCGGCCCGAUCAUGGGUCACCCAUCAUCACAAAACAGAUCUGAUCCAACGCGUCUAAUCUCAAACCCCGAGAGCGGUGAAGUGUUACAUUUGGGUUCCAAAGGUAAUUAUGGAUUAACGGAGCUCUGACUCGUCUAACUGAAAGAAUAAAACAUCUAUAACUGAAUGAAACCAGCAAAAAUUAUCUGGACUCGUCUCACAGUCCAAGGGCGCAGGCAUAAACUUAAAAGUCCAAUCAAUCCACAUAACGCCUUUGAGUAUAUAACUUAUAGAAUAAUAGCCUAGGUUUAUCCACUUGUGCAGAUGUUUGUCUCUGGUAUGGGAGAGUGAACACCUAAGCUAAGGGAGAAAAACAUAUAAAUUAUCUACCAACACGAGAUUAGGUUUAGGUGGUUAGAAGAACAACAAAAAAAAUUGAUGUUAUCGAGUAUCCACGUACGUUG